ACUGCAGUAAGCCAUUAAAUAGUUCCUCUCUUACCCUAAAUAAGUGGACAAACAAACAAAAAAACCCUAAAAAACUAUCCUACGUGGCAUAAAAACAUCAUAGAAUCCAAUAUCAUAAUCUAAUCACAACCCUAAAUCUACAAACGGCUCUUAAAAUCUCAUUACAUCCAACGGUCCAAAUUGCACCACCACAAAAAAACUUUUGUUGACUAAAAAAAAAAGACCAAUCAUAUUCUCAAAUCAGAACGUUGGAAGAAUUUUUUUUAAUUAAACAACAUUUUCCCAACCAAAAGUUUUACUUUCUUCUUCCUCCAUUUUCACUCUCUCUCUAUAUCUUUCUCUCUCCUCCCUGAAAUUAGACCGUUAGAAAAUCAAAUAUUUUAAGUAACAUUCACAAACUCACAAAAAAAACAGAGCAAUCAUCAAUGGCAGAAACCAUGUUACCAAAUCAAUUAACCCUUGAUCCAAAUUCACUAAUUCUUUCUCAUCAUUUUGAUGCUUUAAACAAUCCAAGUAAAACCCUUCAAUUAAUUACUGAUCCUUACUUCAUGGAAAGAGGAUCAAGAUACAACGCUUACGCCGAACUUAGAGAAUUAAAGCUCCGAUCAAAAAGACUCAAAUUUGAGGAAGAUGAUCAAAUUUCAGAGUUACCCACAUCAGAAUUUUCGCCGGUGAAGAAAACUGUAAGUUUUCAGAGUGACAGUAAAAAACAGGGGUACUCUGUUUUAGGUGAAUAUGAGGAAGAUGAUCAAAUUUAUGAGUUACCCAAAUCAGAAUUUUCACCUGUGAAGAAAACAGUAAGAUUUCAGGGUAACAGUAAAAAACAGGGGUACUCUGUUUUAGGUGAAUUUGGGGAAGAUGAUCGAAUUCCUGAUUUACCCAAAUCAGAAUAUUCGCCGGCGAAGAAAACGGUAAGAUUUCAGGGUAACAGUAAAAAACAGGGGUACUCUGUUUUAGGUGAAUUUGCUGAAGAUCAUAAAAUUCCUGAAUUACCCAAAUCAGAAUUCUCACCAUUGAAGAAGACAGUAAAAUUUCAGGGGAAUUUUCAGGGUAACAGUAAAAAACAGGGGUACUCUGUUUUAGCACAAUCAGUGCCUGAUUUUUCUUCAACAUUAAGGAAAGAAAAUAGAAAACCGGUAGAGAAUCGGGUUUCGAGAGCUGAGAAGAGCGCAACGCCACCUCCAUCGUUGUCGAAAAGAGAUAAAAUGUAUGGCAGUGGGAUGAAAUUGGGAGGUUUAGGAAGUAAAUCUGUGAAUUCAGGUGAAAAACAGAGUAGUGGGAAAUUGAUGAUGAUGGGAAGAAAAAGUUAUGCUAAUAUUGAAGAAUUGAAGGGUUUAUCAAUUGCAGCAUCAAAUUCUAUUAAUGGUGAAAAGAGGGGUGCAAAGAGAGCUGGUAAUGUGUUGAGGAAAAGCACUGUUUUUAGUACAAGUACAAGAUUUUAUUGAUUGAUUUGGAUUUUCUAAGUUUUUUUUUUCAUUCAAUUUUUCGAAUUGGGAUAUUUUUUUUUUCUUUAAUUGGGUUUAUUUUGCCACUAUUUUUGUUUUCAAUAUGUUUUUUCAUGGAUUAUACUUCAUAUAUAGUUGGAUUGUUGAGUGUGGAAAAGGGUAGAGGGAAAUCAUGUACUACUAUUAUGUUAUAUGUAUAUGCGUGUGAUUCAUUUUUAUCUUCAUGAUAUGAAAUUGAAUGUUAGUUGAGAGUACUA